ACUUAAUUUUACUUAAAAAGAAAAAACCUCCUUUCAAAGUCAAUCAUAAUUCUUCAGGUCUGGGAUCUACCACAAAUUACCAAAUUCUACCCUGAUUAAACACUCUAAAACAGCCGGAAGCAUUAUAUUAUCCUACACCCUGCCACACCAUCAACUUCCUCGUCCCUCUUUUUUCCUCUUCCCCGUGUAUUAAGGUUUUAGCUCACUUCCUUUCUCUCUAAGCCAGUAAGAGUUAACAGUGAAACCUCCUUCCGACAAAUGGCAGAGGAGGCGCACGAUAGCCCCACCCUCGACACCGACGCGGCGGAAGCGACAUCGCUGGCGGAAGAUAUCGAGUCACGAAUUACCAGUGCCAUGCGCUCUCGCGUUGGUCACUUCAAGGAACAAGCCGAUCAAUUGACAUUCGAGGGAGUUCGGAGGUUGUUAGAGAAAGACUUGGGGUUAGAGACGCUUGCAUUGGAUGUUCACAAGAGAUUCGUCAAGGAAUGCCUGUUAAAGUGUUUAGAUGGUGGCAAUGACAAUGAAGGCUCCAAGAGUCCUGGUGAAAUGGUGGAGAAAAAUGUAAGUACAAUCACUGAAGGAUUAAAAUCACCCAAAGGACGACAACCUAAGAAAGAUGUAAAGGAACCUUGCUCUGAAGAUGAGAAAUUGGAAGAAUCUUCAGUUUUGGGCCUUUCUGGAUGUAAAACUAUGAAAACUGAGAACAAAGAAAAUAAAGAAGUUUCUGAGAGUACGAUAAAGAAAGCUAUCAGAAAAAGAGCUUCAUAUGUUGAAUCUAAUUCAGAUAAAGUCACAAUGGCAGGACUUCGUCGGCUUUUGGAGGAAGAUCUUAAACUUGAUAAAUAUGCACUUGAUCCAUACAAGAAGUUCAUAACUGAACAAUUAGAUGAGGUCCUAAAGUCUCAUGAAGCUUCUGCACCAGCAAGUGAGGUUCAGAAAAAAAGUCUCAAGAAAAAUUUUCAGAGCAAAACUUCUAAAAAGGUCAACGAGAAAGUGAAUUCUGCUUCAUCAGGAGGUGAGAAUGAUGAAGAAGAGGAAGAUGAAGAAGAAGAAGAAGUGAAACCCAAAAAGAAGAUCAUUCCUAAAGGGAAGAUUAAGAACUCUGAAGGGCUUAAAAAACGGAAAAUACCAAAAAAGGAGGCAGAGAUGCCCAGCAAGAAGAGAAUAAAGCACACAGAAUCAAAUUCAGAUGAUAAUAGCGAUGAAGAAGGCAGUGGGAGUGUCUCUGAUGAUGGCCGCUCACAAUCUUCUGCUGCAAAGGCUGUGAAGAGAAAAGAAACUUCUGCUCCAGUAUAUGGGAAACGUGUGGAACAUCUUAAGUCAGUUAUCAAGUCAUGUGGGAUGAGUGUUCCACCCGCGAUCUACAAGAGAGUCAAACAGGUGCCUGAGAAUAAACGUGAAGCCCAACUAAUUAAGGAACUAGAGGAGAUUCUUUCUAAAGAAGGAUUGUCUGCAAAUCCCUUGGAAAAAGAAAUCAAGGAGGUAAGGAAGAGAAAAGAAAGAGUGAAGGAACUUGAAGGGAUUGACACGAGUAAUAUUGUGUCAAGUUCACGUAGAAGGUCUACAAUCAGUUUUGUUCCUCCACCAAAGCCCAAAAUUCUGGAUGUGAGUGAUGAUGAUGAAAGUGAAGAAAGUGAUGAGGAUGAUGGCGAUGAUGACGAUGAAGAUAAUGAUGAUGAAGAAGCUGGUGAUGAUGGCAACAGCCAAAGUGAAGAAUCAGAUGAAGAAGAAGAUGACGACAGCGAUUGAAUCCUGCAUGAGACUUGCACGGUGACGGCCCGCUCAUUAACUGUUAGAUUAUGAUGCUGUAUUAUGUAUUCCAAAUUUUAAUUUCCUACUAAUAUUUUCUAGUUGUAUACUAGGUGUGGUGGAUAGUCCUUGAUAGAAUUGAUGAGUUGAUAGGGAAAUUUGCUUUUAUCUUUGUUGUGUCGAGUAAUGCAGUGGAUUAGGUUAUUUUUGUAAACAAAGGUAAUUUUCUAUGUUAAUGCCAUAUUGCAUUUGGUUUUAAAUGUAAAAAAAGCAUGGUGUUGUUUAUAACCAGAUUUAGGCUAUCACCUUUACAACACACCGUUAAAAAGGAAAUAGGUUGGUCUGCUUUUCGUUUC